AAUGGCUUCAUACAUUCAGGAAAGUGUUAACAUAUUUACCACAAAAUAGUUUACACAAUUUGAAUCAACUUGCGCUUAUAAAAUUCCUGCAAUCUGUAAACUAUGGAUCUUUCAUAAACCAUGCUCAAAACGCACCAGCCGUUUACCCCUCUCCACUUCCGGUUUGAAGUGUCAUGGCAGCUGUUUCCACAUAAUCGCCUCUCUGUCGGUAAUUUUAUAUUGUUUAUUCUAAGUUGUUUCAUUUACAAGCGACAUUUCAAGUUUUGAAUUAUAAUACUUGAGUUCCUGCGUGAUACAGACAACAUCAACAACCACUGGUUGUGUAUAUUUAUUGCUCGUUUUAGGUGGGGAGACCAGCGGAUCUAGGAAGAUGUUUCUUCUAUGUUAAAACAACAAACGUAGCCACUUUGGAAGAGCCAUGGAAAAGUUUGGGAUGAGUUUUGGGGGUGGGCCCAGCCGAAAGGAUCUUCUUGAAACUGUAGAAUCUCAGAAAAAGCAGCUUGUACAGUAUCAGACCCGAUUUAGAGAUGUGGUGCGUGCAUAUAAGAGUUUGCUGAAAGAAAAAGAGGCUUUGGAGGCCAGCCUUAAGGUCCUCUCAGUUUCUCAGGAUGUGGACCGAACUCAGCAAAAUCUUGACAUAAGGACUGAUCUGCCUGAUGAUCGCUGUUCUCUGCACAGUGAAGACAGUGUUGAUACUGCAGCAUCUAUGGAUAUACCUGUAAAUAUCACAAGUAACUCUGCUAGAGAGGACCAAAGUGAAGAGGAGCAGGCAGAGCCACCUGCUGAGGCUAGUGGUGCUGAGAGCGUAGUCAGCUCAACAAGCAGUAGUGGAGAGCAGCAGAGAGCCACUCCUCCACCAGGUGCAGAGGCUGAUCGUCGUGUUGCUCAACUGAAGGCUCAACUGAGCACUCUCACCAGUUCUCUGGCAACAGUGACUCAAGAGAAGUCCCGGAUGGAAUCUAGUUUUUUGGCUGACAAACGACUGCUAAAGCAGGAGGUGGAGGACCUGCAAGAGCAGCUUCAAAGUUUGAAGAAACAACAUGAAUUGGAGAUUCAGACUUUGCAGGAGCAGUUGGCAGAGAGCCGCGCUCGGAUCAUUACACAGCAGCAUGAGAGGGGUUUGGAGCAGGGAGACCAUGCUCAACAGCUGCGAGAGCUGCAGAAGCUCCUGCAGCAGGAGAGAGCCCUGAGGCAGGAUGCAGAACUGAGGCGCCAAGAUGCAGAGCUGCGGCUUCAGGAGGCCACAGCUGCUCUAUUGCUGACAUCUCAGGCUAUAGACCGAGGGGCAGAGUCAGAGGCUCACCUAAACCUGUUAAAGGAGGAGAAAGCUGAGCUGGAGAGAAGACUUCAGGCAGCUGAGGAGAUUCAAAAGAAACCUGAUCCCAGAGUGGAGGAACUUCAGCAGGAGCUAACAGAGCUCAAGAAGCACCAUCAGCAGCAGAUGCAGAGUGAGAACAAAAAGGUGUGUGAGGUGGAGGAACGUGAACGUGAGCGUGCCCAGGCUGAGGAGAAGAGAGUGGCAGCACUAGAGCAGCAGGUGUCUGAGCUGUCUGAGCUGCUUGGCUCCUGUGAGAAGGCAAAGCAAAGGGAUCAGCAGACUAUUCAGAGACUUAGGGACAGAAUUUUUCAGCUAGACACGGAAAACAAGACGCUGGCCAUUGCUGCUUCAAGCAGGGUGCCCUCGGAUAUCUUUGUAGAUGAAACCCAGCUGGAUGUAACAGUGCUUAAGGAGAAGCUGGAAAAAGUAAAAAAGCUGCUUGUGCUGGCGGCGCAGAGGAACCCAGAGCAGACUACAAACAUUGAAGCUCUAAUGGAUACUGAUCUAGAGCUGUGCAAAGAAAAAGCCUCUGUACAGCACUACCAGCAAGAACUCAGACAGGUGAAGGAGGAGUUUGAACGUUACAAAGUGAGGGCACAAGUGGUGCUAAAGAACAAGAAUGCUAAAGAUGGUUCCCAGACCAAAGAGCUGGAGGAGGUAAGAGAUCAGCUGGCUGAACUCAAAGAGAAAUAUAUUAAUCUGCGCAUUCAAAGUGAUGAGGCUGAGGCCAAACACCACAAGGAGCUAGAGGAACGGCAGCAACAAUCCAUCUUACAACAGCACAGUCAUAAACAAGAAGUGGAGCGACUAGAAGCUCUGCAUCGUGACAACCUCCUUAAACUAGAGGCAGAGCUGCACAAACAGAGAGAGCGGACCAUGGCCCUGCUGGAUGAGAAGGACAAAGAGCUGGAAAACCUCAGAGCGGUGGCUUUGAGCUACAGCCUCUCUCCACGAGGAUGUCACAGCAGUGAUGGCACAGGCCCAGUGGACAACCAGGACUUGACAGAAGGGUAUAGUGAGGAGGACAUCAUCAGCCAGGCCUUGUUGCGGGCCACACCCAAUGAACCCACUAUACUGUUAUAUGCAGAGCAACUGGCCAGAAAGGAGGUGGAGACAGGAGUGCUGCGUCGUCAGAAACACCAGCUUGAGGAAGAUGUCCACCAGCUUCAGGCCAAGCUCAUUGCUAAUGGAGAACGUCACGACGAGGAGGUGGCUGAUCUUAGAGAUCAACUUGAAAAACUGCUAAGAGACCAAAGUCGGGAGGGUGCAAAUCUGGAAUAUCUGAAAAAUGUUAUCUUUAAAUUUCUAACUCUCCAAGAUGCGAGUGGUCGUCAACAGACACUUGGUGCCAUCCUCACCAUCCUUCACUUCAGCCCCCAAGAAAAACAGACUGUGUUGAGACUGCAGAUGGGACCAUGGUGGAGCACUACAAAGAGAUAGGCAUCUAUCUCUUAAUCUAUGACAGCAAAAGUUAUAGAAACGUUUAUUAGCAUAAUAACAGAUAACUUAAUAACUACAACUUGGCAUCCAUUUGGUCAUAUAAUAAAAUAAAACACUGAAAUUCUUUUGACAUGCAUAUCUUUUUCAGAUUUCAGAAGACUCCCUUUAUCCUUCAUUAGCUUACAUGUCCAGUUGUAACUUGGACAUUCCGUGCCUCUUGCACUAUUUUAAGCCAUGUGUAUGUGUGAUUACUGACUAGCUUUGUGUUGCCUAAAAUCAGUUUAUAAGAGACUACAUUGUCUCCCAGAUCCAAUAUAAUUCUAGUCUCAUUCAUAAUAAUGGCAUUUUUUUUUUACCUUUUAACCAUCUGCAGAGAUUUGUACAAUGUUGUUUUCCAUUUUAAAACGGCACAAAACAAAUGGAGUGGAUUAUUUUCUAACCUGUAUGUAUGUAUGUCCAAUACAUUUUCACCCUUACUAAAUCCAAGCCUUGAAAUAAAAAGUGAUUAAAGUAAACUAUACAAUUUUCUA